ACGGCAGCAGCCUGCGACGCUCCGCCUCCUCCUGCCGGCCAUGGUGCUGCUGGGCACGGCGGCGGUGCGGGCCGGCGGGGCGGUGCUGCCCCGCGGCUUCUGGGCGGCGGUGCGCGUGUGGCUGGAGAAGCCGCAGGUGGCCAACAGGCGGCUGUGCGGCGCCGCUAUCGAGGCGGAGGGCGCGGUGUUUUUCGGGGAGGAUGGAGAUACGUCUCCCCACGUCGGGAGCGGCGAGGAGCCGGCGGGGGCUGCGGAGCUGGGCCGGCUCUGGAGGGAGCUGCGCGGGGAGCUGUUGCCUUUCCUUGCGGCCGGGCCAGGUCGGGAGCUGCGUGCUGUGCUGAGGGUUCUGCUGCCGCGGGCGCGGCCCGCGGGGCUUCUCGCCCUGCCGGUGAAGGAGCUGGUGGUGCAAGAUGUUUGCAAUGGAACUGUAACCUUUCUGCCUUUGGAGGAAAACAGCGAAGGAAAAUACCGAAUUAAAAAGUGCAAUAUAUAUCAAAUUCAAUUUACACACAUAAGAGAUGAGGAAUGGUCUGUGUCUAUUACAGCUCCAUCUUCAAAAGAUUGGUUUUCAGAUGGAAUAACAUACCCCAAACUAUCAUGGCUUGGAGAUGUACUUUUGUCCAAACUGGCUAAGUGGUCUGUGGAGCAAAAAUGUAGUGAGUUCAGAAGUACGCUGUCACUCAUUCCUGUAGCAAAAUACAGCAAGGUUUAUCAAGACCUUAAAGAAAAAUACAAGGAAAUGGUAAAGGUAUGGCCUGAAGUGACGGAUCCUGAGAAGUUUGUUUAUGAAGAUGUUGCCAUUGCCACUUAUUUGCUGGUUCUCUGGGAAGAAGAGAGAAAGGAAAAAGGAUUGGCCAAGAAACAGUCAUUUGUAGAUCUGGGAUGUGGAAAUGGUCUACUGGUGCACAUUCUUAGCAAUGAAGGGCACUUAGGUCGAGGAAUUGACGUGAGGAGAAGAAAAAUAUGGGACAUGUAUGGACCAGAAACUCAUUUAGAGGAAUCUUCUAUCGUGCCAGGUGACAGUCAUCUCUUUCCAGAUACUGACUGGCUGAUAGGAAACCAUUCAGAUGAAUUAACGCCAUGGAUACCUGUAAUUGCUGCCAGGUCUUCCUAUUCGUGUAGGUACUUUGUGCUGCCAUGUUGCUUCUUUGAUUUCCAUGGAAAAUACAGCCGAAGACAAAGCAGGAAGACUCAGUACAGAGAAUAUCUUGAUUUUGUUGCUGAAGUGGGACGUGUCUGUGGUUUUCAUGUGGAAGAAGAUUGCCUUAGAAUUCCAUCAACAAAAAGGGUGUGCCUUAUUGGAAAAAACAGGAUCUAUCCACCUACAGAACAUUCUUUGAUGGGUGAGCAGAUAAAGCAGUUUAUUUGUAAUCGUCAGACCUGUGCUGUGGUUGCACAUGACAAAGAAGAUGGAUUUAAUCAUAACGAUCACUCUGUGUGCAGAGGAGCAAGCUCAGAACUCCCUGAAAAUGUGAUGGAGACUGCUGGUGGAAUUUGGAUGCCUGGAUUUCAACCCAGAGAAAAAAUAGAACAAACCAGAAAUUGUGCUGCUCUCCCUCGGGAUUUUGUAGAUGGUGUUGUUCUGAAUGUGGCAAACUUGCUGUUAAAUGCUGUCCCUGCAGGAUCACGUUCUAAUACGCGUGGUGGAAAUAACAAUACCUGGAAUCAAGGAGAAAGCCUUUCCUUGAAAGAAGUAGCAGAACAUUUAAAUAAGGAGACUUUAAAGAGACUGAAAAGUGAAUAUGGAGGCCUGCAAACACUGCUCAAGAACAAUCAUCAAGUAUUUGAAGUGCUAGAUGGGAGAGUUCAUAUUCGUGACUGGAGGAAAGAGAAGCCAUCAAGGAAAACUAAGCCUGAAGUAAAACGAUGCCUUUCAGCUGAAGCAUUUAAAACACGUCUCUGUUGGUUUUUCAUUCAUCAUCCUGAUGGUUGUUCUUUGCCUUCUGAAUCUUGUCCAUAUGCUCAUGGGACUGAGGAGCUAAGACAGUCUGAGACUAUUAAAAAGAAAAAACAAAUACAAUGAUAAAAUGCUGCCACUUAUGUUGAAGCUUGUGUACAGGAGUGUAUUUGACUGACUUUGGGACUGAUUAGUGCAUGAGAACCUGCAAAAUUUGGAGGUUUCUCUUCUUGUUCCAAUCUAUUUUAUUCUUCUAGUUAGUUUGCAAGUUCUAUAUUUUAGUUUCUGUAACAUUUAUGUGAAAAGAUUAUAGUAAAAUGUCUAUACUUCUGGAUUUUGUUUGUUUUUCUUUUAAAAAAAAAAAAACCAUACCAUUCCUUCUUUCUCUCAUACUGAUUCAAAAUGAUUAUUGAUUUGAUGAAAAGCUUUCUGAGAAAUUGUGAAGGUUAGAACUUGGAAAUGAUUACAGGACAAAUCUAAGGUUGAGUGAGUAAUGCAUCUGAGAAUUCUGUAAGAACACAAGGAAUCUGAAAAAAGAAGGAAACAAUUGAAGCCCAAGCAGAGGAGCAGUGAAAGAUGAAACUGGAAAAAUUUUCAGAACAGUUUCAAAGCCACUUUGUUUACUUUCUUGCCUUUCAGAUAGCAGAUUGCAAAGAACUCUCAGAAGUGUUGUGUUCCCCUCCUCUCCUUUUAUAUUUCUCUUCUGAUCUUGGAAAAAGAUAACUAACCUAACAAUUGCAGUAGGUCAUGUGUUACAUUAUCUACUGUGCUGUGUGUGCACUGCUCCCUUGCCUUCCUCUAACAGGGGCAGUUUUUGACUGAGCCUUUCCCAAAGGCUCUGCAAUGGCGUAUUCGACAUCUUGACUAUAACACUAAUCGUUACUUUGUUACACACAUUACAGGGCAUAAACAUUUUAAAAGAGAGAAGCUUUAUACUUUGAGGGGUAUUUGAAUGUAGUUACAUUGGAAUAAGGGGAAGGAGAAAAAGUACAGCUCUCAGGAGCGGGACAGCAUAGUAAGGUGAUGUGUAGUUCCUGUUGUAACAAUUUCUGAAAAAUGGUUUGCUUAAGAAGGGCAUGAGUUAAGGAAAAGACAUGGAGUUACAUAUAUAUUACUUGAACGUAAUAGAGUGAUAUUGUGCCUUGGCUUUUGUUUGGCUACUUGCAGAGUAAGAGGAGCUCCUGGAGAUGCUUACUUACUAGUAUGUUUGGUGACUCCUCCAGGCGAAGAUUUCGUUUCCACAUGUAAAAACCAGAAACAGACUUUAAAUUAUUUUCCAGUUAUUGCCAUCUUCCCUGAUGAUUCCUGCUGUGGUACAAUGUGUUUGACUAAAAAUGUGAUUUCCUGAAUUAGAAUUCACUCAUCUGUGCAGACUUUAAGUCAGAUGGAUUUGCAUUAUGUUGGGAUUCAGAAGCUGAAAAGGAUUGUUUUUAUUUCCUUGUUUCCGACAAAGGGAGAAGAAAUACACACCUGACUGACUGAAGUUGAAGUUGCUGACACGUGCUAAUACUCUAGUGUUUUAAAACUGCAUUUUGUUUGUGCAAUGCUAUGCUAACUAGCAUAUUAAUAUAUUAGUAUAGCACAUUAUUUCCUUUGAAUAGUCUUUGUAUUCUAAACUCACCAAGAUAUAGAUCUAAGUUCUUGAUCGCUGUUCUCAGUUUGACACCACUGCAGGUGGCCAGCUGUCCAACAAAUCUGUAAUUACAGAGCCUUCUUUGUUUGGAGAAUUGGUAAUAGAAUGUUCUUUCUUCUUAUUUUUGUAUAGAAACGUUAGCUUUAUGUAAGUUUAAAUAUACAUCUGAAGGUAAGUGCUAAAAGCAUAAAAAAGUAUUUUAUAUGAUUACUGUAUCUUGUUGCUUUCUCUGUGAUCCACAGUCUUAGAAGUCAUUAACAUAAUAUUCAACUUUGGCGAUAAAUGAAGGCCAGUAGUGGAUAAAAACUCUUAAUAAAAACCUACUUACAUAAGGGGUUGAGCCUGAAGUCUCAGUCAUUGAUUUGGCGCAGUCAUUUUGCUGCCUAGUUUACUGCCAUCACUACCCAUUAGUAAAUUUGGCUUUACUUGAAACCUGUCAUUGUAGAGGGAAAACAGUUGCUGUUAUUGAUAGUCACAACACACGUAGACAGGAGAGUUAGAUGACAGAUUACAAUCAUAGAAAUGCUGGUAGCUGGAAAUGUUAUAAAUGCAUGUGUGGAAGAGUUACGUUUUCAUAAAAUCUACAGAUAAAUAUUCGGCAUAAGAAAAAUCUGAAUGGUUCCUCUCUUAUACCUCAGUAAAGGACUGAAUUUUAGGUUUCCAUUUGAAAUGUAACAAAUUAGAAGAGAUUGUUUUUCCUUUUGGAAUAUCUAUAUGCAUCUUCAGAAGGCUUCUCUGGCACAUCUCAAGCCAGUUAAUUUUUCUGUGUUUGUAUCAUUUACAUUGUUUAUGAAAUUACUGUGUAUGCUUUAUUAUCAAUUAUUAGGCUUAGAUUAUUAAAGCCUUAAGCCUUUAGAGGAUGUCUGUCAGCUUGUCUAACAACAAAUAUGGGCCUGAAAGUAUGCCAAGUUUUGGGGCUUGUUUAUUCAGGUUCAGAGUUUUAAAUGAUAAUGCUUCAGUGAUCUUGAGGAUGUGAUUUUUGUAAGCUGGAUUCUAACUUAAUCUAGCAAUAUAAAAUAAGCAAGAGUUGAGCAAUCAUGAGCUUUGCCAUCAUAAUGGCAAAUAUUUCAAAUCAGCAGAAACAAAGAAUAAAAUCUGAAGAAACAAGGACCACGUGCCAGCGGCAUCAGAUAUUGGGAUGAGUUCACUAAUGUAUGUAAACAUCUAGCAUCAGCUGCAGUCAGACAUGCACACCUGCUUGGUUAUGUUUUGUUACUGCUGGUAAUUUGUAUGACUGAAGGAGUAUUUUCAAAUAAAUAUUGCAGUUAUUAGGA